CCACAAGCCAUUAUCUAUUGGUUUCCUAUACCACUUCCUGUUGUUAGACCACCACUACUACUGCUAAUAGUACAUCAGCCUGUGCUAGUGUAGCAGACUAGUUUCUGUAACCACAUGUGAAGGUAUAAACAGAAUGAACACCCAUUAUUUAUAUCUAGAGAAAGACUGCACCAUUUAAUAUAAGGUGAUGUCAAAAGGAAGGCGGCUUUGUUUUCUCUUCCCCUAGAGUGACCUCCCUUGCCUGCCACGGGCACUGACUCCUUGACUGCAGCGGAACAAAGGAGUGUGGGCUUUGUCUUUCAACUAAAUCACAUCCUACAGAAAUAUUUCCCCCUAAUACUCCGAUAAAUCGAUUAAUUCUAUAAGAUCAUAAAUUAUUUAUUAUCUGUUUAAUGUAACGAAUCGUUUAAGCGUUCUAAAUUCCUUUUAUAUUAUAUGCAAAAUUAAAUUAACCAUUGACAGCUCCGUUCUUCCUUCCAAAGUGCUCGACCUUUCAGUUUUUUCCGCAAUCGUCUUCAUUGUUCUUGCUUAAAUAACAUCAGUGAUGCGUAUAAUUAAUUUAAAUUAAUUAUAGCCGCUUCCGAAGUUCUUCAUUUACAUCUAUGAAUUAACACCAUUCGGACCGGGUAUUAUCUGGUAUGCCAGCCGAUUGCUCCAUUACAAGUCAGUGCAAACUUUUCUCCUGGUGAACAGAAAAUAACAUCUCCACUUCAUAUUUCUCACGCUUGUGAACAGACGUCUGUCAUAUCAAAGACAAGGAACUGAACUUUUAUAGAUUAUAUUCGCAAGACAUUUCUUAGCUCUUAAGAAAGAAUUCUUCAAGAAUAUUGAUAUGGAGGACCUUAGUCACUUCAACAAUCCUGAGACACUUGUCUUUAAUGAUAUAGAGACAGUUACACUGACAGACAGAGAUGAGAAACCUUUAUAUAGCGAAACAUUUACCAAUCAAAGAACUUUGUACGACGAUAUUCCUCAAUAUUCUUGUGAGAUUUGUAGGAAAACUUUCACUUCGCAAUUAGAUAUCUUCGUGCACAAAGAAAUGCACAGUAAGGAAAAAACAUUCCGCUGUGAAAUUUGUGGGAAAUAUUUUGUGUCCACCAGUGUGUUGACAAAGCAUAAGUUGAUCCACACAGGUGAAAAACCAUUCCACUGCGACAUCUGUGGAAAAUCUUUCACUCAGAAUUCUAACUUAGUCGUUCAUCAAAGAAUCCACACGGGGGAAAAACCGUAUGAGUGCGACUUGUGUGGAAAAUCUUUUGUGAACAAAUCUCAUCUCGUGACCCACAUACGUAGCCAUACUGGAGAGAAACCUUUCCACUGUGAAAUCUGCGGCAAAGCCUUCAGCACUAAUUUCCUCUUAAAGACGCACAGACAGAUCCACACGGGACAGAAACUUUUCCACUGCGAAAUCUGCGGAAACUCUUUCACUCAAAAUUCCCACCUUGUUAUCCACAUCCGGAGUCACACGGGAGAAAAGCCGUAUCAUUGUGAAAUCUGUGAGAAAUCCUUUUUAACAAACAGUCAUUUGAAGAGACACAAACGAAUCCACAGCCGAGGGAAACCAUUCAACAGCGAAACAUGAGGGGUCCUUCUGCUGCGAAUCUCAACUCGAAACCCCAACCUGUGUCGGUAGGGUGGUGGUUGUUUGUCGGAAAUAAUUGACUUUGAAGUUCCAUCUCGUAUAUCUAGAAGUGUGUUCUCAUUGAAUGAAAAUCUUUUCUCCAAUACAAUGAUUCUUAACCAUUUUUUUUUUUGUUUUUUUUUAGCACCAACCUUGCCCACCUCUUUUAAGUAGUUGUUAUUCCCAGCCCUGCUCUCAGUGGCGAGUGAGAUAUUAUGACUAAACUAACGUAAACCUUUAGGAUUUAAUCCAGUUAUAUCCAGCCCAAAUAUUUUCCUUAUUUUACAUUCGAAUCAACCUAAUCUGGCUUCUCACACCUACCCUACAUUGUCAUUCUAAAAAUAAAGUAUUAUAUCAUCAAAAUCUCGAAGCUACUAGAUAAAGCAUAAUUAAUUUAAAACAAUUAAUUGAAACAAUGUGAAUGAAUAAGUCCUGCAUCUGACAGAAAAACCUGAAUAGUGAUGGAUGGUCACUUGUGGAUUUUACUCAAAAAAUGAAUUACAUAAGCUUUAAACAGUGAAAUGACAA